GACCGACUAAAAAAUCAUAAACGCAAAAAGUUCGUUUUCUUUUCUUUCUUUCAUCUUCUUCAAGCUCUUCUCUUGUAUCUUCGUUUUUUCUUCAAUACUUUGGGUUUUGCAUCUUUUUUUUUUCAUCAUGUCUAAUGAAACCAAAGAUCUGAACAACUACCACUAUACUUCAUCGUAUAAUCAUUACAACGACAUCAGUAACCAAAAUAUUUUGAAUCUCCCUUACGUUUCUGGUCCAUCCAGUUAUAAUGCAAACAUGAUCUCAUCACAGAUCGGCUACGAUCUACAGUCGAGUCCUCAAGGAGUGUACGAAUCGGGUUUCGAGCUCUCGCCAUCUUCCACCGAGUUUUUUAGUUCUUCGUUUGAUCAAGAAAAUGGGUUUUACAGUGCUUUUAAUUAUAACACUAGUAACAAGAGUCAAGAAGUUGUCGGUAGUGGUGGUGCAAUCAUUGACAGUAAAACUAGGGGUUCUGCAUCUCCAUCUUCGAGUGAGGCGGAUCAUCAUCACGGCGAAGAUUCCGGAAAGAGCCUGAGGAAAAGAGAAGCUGACGAUGGAGGAAAAGAUGAUCAACGUGCUCAGAAAGAAGUUAAAACAAAGAUGAAAGAGGAGAAGAAGCAAAGAGAGCCACGAGUCUCGUUCGUGACUAAGACCGAAGUUGAACAUCUCGAAGACGGCUAUCGUUGGAGGAAGUACGGCCAAAAGGCUGUCAAAAACAGUCCUUAUCCGAGGAGUUACUACAGAUGCACGACGCAGAAAUGCAAUGUAAAGAAGAGAGUUGAGAGAUCUUACCAAGAUCCAACGGUCGUGAUCACAACGUACGAAAGUCAACACAACCACCCGAUCCCGACCAGUCGCCGUUCCGCAAUGUUCGCUGGACCCGCCUCAUCUAAUUACAAUUCAACCUCUCUAUCUUCGGUUUCUGAUUUCAUCAUCAAUACUCCAAGAAGCUUCUCACGUGAUGAUCUCUUUCGUGCACCGUACGCUAGUAUUAGUGUAAACCCUAAUUAUGAGCAACAACAAAACCAAGAGCUUCAGCAUGACUAUGAGCUUUUAACGGACAUCUUUCCUUCAGUUUUCUUCAAGCAUGAGCCUUGAUGAUAUAGUUGUACU